AUGGAUUAAUAAUUUACAUUAAGCGUCCCAAUCGAUAUAUUAAGUGACAUUUCUAAAGAAACCUUUUAAAAAGUUGUUUUUAGAAGCAUAACUGAUGAAUUUUCUUAUGAUUUUGAUAUAAAUAAUGGACUAGUUUUAAAAGAUUCUACUCUUACUUAAUUUAAUUAAGCUAUGCUUAAGGAUAUUAAUUGCACUUAUUAACAAGAUGAAUUAUUGAGUUUAAUAUACCCUACUAAAAUCAAUAAUCAAAGUUUAUUAAUGGUUGUAAAUAUCUCGAAUGAUGGAAUUUAUGAAAAGAUCAAUAACUAAAAAGAAUUAUUUAGAGGAGAACACUAUCAGAUUGGACUUCCAGCGGGAUCAAAUAAAUAAACUAUUGAAAUAAAAGAAGAUCAAAUUAUCAUCAAUUCUUAAUCUUUUGCGAUAAAAGAAAUGUUGCAAAUUGUUUUUGUUAAAAAGAUUUCUGAUAAUAAAUAUGAAUAUAUAUAGAUGGCUAAUCCAAGCGAUUGUUCAUCUCGUAAGCAUGCUCAUAUUAAAAUUUAAAAUGGACGAAUAUUUUUGCUUGAUGGGUUUGAAAAGCAGGUUUCAAAAAAUGGAGUAUGGGUAUUAAUUAAACAUUAAAGAUUUUCAAAUCAGAAUCAAUAUUGUUUUAAAGAUUUUAGAGUAGCUAUUAGAUUAAAAUAUUGA